GUCCGAGCGUGGCAUCCUCUGCCUCGUAGCUGUCAGAGCUGCUCGCCUGCCUUCCGCCCCAGGGAGCCCUAGCACUGUCCGGGACUUGCGCCCUCUCGGCCUAAGGUUAGAAACCGGAUUGUUUCCGCAAUUAUCGCUGGAAGGAACGUUUGAUUGCGGCCUGGGUGCAAGGUGUUGUGCUUGCCUCUCUUUGUAGCCACCAUGGCUCUCCGCUAAAGGUGUGGACAUUUCAUGGUGAUUAGCUUGUGGUAUUCAGAAUCCUUGGUUGAUUCUUAACGCACACUUCUUUCUAUCCGAGCUCUGCAGCCGCAUCGCCGAUUUGUGUGGUCGUGUGACACAUCAUACUCAGUUCACCAUUCGCAGUGCUAGUUGUUUCACUCUUUGUGCGGAAGCCACGUACGGAACACAGAUUUGAGCUGGUUACAAAGUCUCGCAGGAGGAUUUCUUGUUUGCCAGAAGUUUUCACAGCUGUCGUGGUGCAUGGCUGGAUGCUUGUUUUGACGCGAUAUAGGUUUGUUGAGGUUCUAUCCCUCGCACACUUAUAUUUGGUUUGGAAAUUGUAUUGAACCAAGCUCCCUUGCCCAUCAUUUGCUAUUUAAGUGGAGGCGUGCCUUUAGGGCCAGAGUCGUUCUCUGCGCUACAUUUUUCGAUCGAAACUCUCCUCGGUAACGCUUCGUUACAGCCAGUCGCAAGGGUAGUGACAUUGAAUGGCGAUAGAAUAUGCUGUUUGCGUUGAAUCCAAAUCAAUCUCAAGAUGUGUCUUUGACUCCCAGUACAUUUUGAAUGAACCGCGUUACAUUAUUUUAGCAGAGUUCCAGGCUAGGACGCUCGUCGGAUUGAUAGAAGGUUUUGGUUGCAUCAACAUUGAGAUUUGAGUUCAUUGUUAGUAACUUAACACCUGUAUUGGCAGUAAAGAUGAUGUUUAUAGCUGUUCCACUGUAAUUGUUUGUGCAACUUGCCGGAGAGAUUGCAUUGUUAUCUCCGCGGGAGUGUUUGUAAACGCUUGUUGCGAUGAAGACCCCCGGCAUUAUUCAGCGAUCGCUGUCGACGCCUAAAGGACGGCGGUUGCAGAAAACCAUCAAUAAUAUGAAAGUUACAGUUUUGUGCGGGCUUAUGACUAUCUUGGUGCUGCGCGGAACGAUUGGGGCAGGAAAUUUUGGAACUCCUGCCCAAGAUUUUGAAGAAUUGAGAGCUCAUCUCAGGUCGGCCACGCGGGAGUAUCACGCCGUCCGUGUUCUUAAUCAAAUUGAUGAGGAGACCUUAGUUGAUGGGUCUUACUCUGAUGAUGCGGAGGAAUCAAACAGAGAUCCGGAGAAACCUUACAGCCUCGGACCUAAAGUCAGCGACUGGGACCAACAGAGGAAGCAAUGGUUAUCCGAGAACAGUCAGACCCUUCCAAAGUUGAAGCGGAAGCCGCGCAUACUUCUUGUAACGGGCUCUCAGCCUUCCAGCUGCGAGAGCGCCGAAGGUGAUAACUUUUUGCUGAAGUCCAUCAAGAACAAAGUUGACUACGCACGACUGCACAACAUCGAUUUUUUUUAUAAUAUGGCGCAUUUAGACCAAGAGAUGACAGGGUUUUGGGCGAAACUACCUCUGCUACGCAAGCUUAUGUUAACGAAUCCGGAGAUGGAGUGGGUCUGGUGGAUGGACAGCGACGCAUUGUUCACGGAUAUGUCCUUCAAGGUGCCUCUAGAGAAGUACAAUAAUUACAAUCUUGUGUUGCACGGCUUUGACGAUAAAGUAUAUCAGCAGAAGCUGUGGACGGGUUUGAACACCGGGAGUUUCUUCAUUCGCAAUUGUCAAUGGUCUCUGGACCUUUUGGACGCUUGGGCACCCAUGGGACCAAAGGGGGUGAUCAGGAAUCGAGCAGGUGAAAUGCUGUCGAAGAGCUUGGUCGGAAGGACGAAUUUCGAGGCUGAUGAUCAAUCUGCUCUGGUGCAUCUGCUGAUCGCCCAAAGGCAGGAGUGGGCGAACAAGGUGCUUCUGGAGAAUUCGUACUACCUGCAUGGCUACUGGGUGGACUUGGUGGGAAAGUACGAGGAAAACAUGGCGAAGAGUCAUCCUGGGUUUGGAGACGACAGGUGGCCAUUCGUAACGCACUUCGUUGGGUGCAAGCCUUGUGUGAAGAAUGGAGGGGACUAUCCUGUGGAUACUUGUUUCAAGCAGAUGGCGAGGGCUUUCACGUUCGCUGACAAUCAGAUUUUGGAUGUUCUCGGUUUCCGGCACAGGAAGCUGGGCUCGCCUAGAGUAGUAAGAAUAAGAGAGGAUACUUCACAUCCAUUGGAGCUGCAAGGAAAGAGUCUGGACACACUAACCUCGACUGAGUAGAUGUUUGGUGUCUCAAGGUAUCUUAUAUGCAACAUGGAAGCGAGUUUUGGUCUCUUCUCAUUCUUACGGCAAAAACCGCGCAGUUGUUGGCGUCAGUUUGAAGUUGUAUACCCCUGCCACUUGUGACGGGAGAUAGUAGAUGCAAGAGAGACCAGAGCCAUUGCCUGGGGUCCUCUCUCAGCAUCUACCUUGUUCUCACAUGUAUUGUAGAGACAGUUGCGUUCAAUCCAUUGUCUCAGAAUCAGUGCUGGUCGAACUCGCUCUCAGAAUUCUAUAUAUUCCUUUCAAAAUCGGUCAUUUAUAGCACAGCUACAUCACGAGAAACUUGGUGGACGUUCACGUGUCUCGUGCGUCUUCACUGUUCAUUGUAGCAGCGGAUUUACGUACCUUUGACGUUUUUUAAAUUUUAAUGAAGUAUGUAUUGGUUGUAUACAUUGAUAUUAUAAAUUUGACAGUUAAAUUUUCAUCCUAA